UUCUGUACUGAUUUUGAAUACGAUUAUUAGUACCAAGUUCUUUCUUGCUUUGGUCGGUUCUAUCCUACCUUUUGUUAACGUAUUAAUUAACAUAAAAUGGAAAAGUAGUUGCUAUUUAUAUAUUCACCGCACCUUUAGUAUUUUGUUUCCCUCUUUCAAGCUACUGCAAACCAUCAUGAUACUAAUAUUGUGAUAAUAAUAAUAAUAUAUUUGUAAUCCCAUUCUUAUGUAGUAUGCGAUGGUCGCUCGACCCAGUUCCUUCGUUUUGUGAGCUUAUUAUGUACACACAUGUUUGCUGAUCAUAUCGUAGAAAUGGAGUAAACAAGUUAUGAUCUCUGCACAAUUUUUGGAACCGCCUAUUUAGGCCACCUAAGUACAAAACAUUACACUGGCGAUGGAGAUUGUCCUACUUUUAAACAAAGGAUGUUUUUUAUAACAACACCAAAUGCGAUCUCGUUCUGGUAUCUCUCAAUCACGGCUCUAGAUGUUUCUUUGAAAGCAUUUUUGAUUGGAUGGGUAGAAAAUAGAGAAUUCUGCGCAUUUAAAUUCUUCUGUUUGUCUUUGGAUGGAAAUCUCAGCUAAUCCACUUUCAACUAACUCAGAUCCUUUUUCAUUUCUUUUCUCCUCCGUAUUUUUCCUUCGCAAGACCGUUCUACUAAAUCUCUCGCGAAAUACCUCUUUUAGACAACCUCUCCCCUGCUAGCUUGUCCUUUUUUCCUUUGUCAUCUUGACUUUACCACCUAUUUACCCCACCAGUGAAAAGCAUUACUGUAAAUCCAUAUCUUCUGUAGGUAAAUUGAAUAAGACUGUGCAGCAAAAUGGCGCUGAUCUAGGGGUAUCUUGGAAAGGGAGGAGGACAUGCUUUAUAUAGGGAUGUUAUAGCAGGAUCUUGAAAAAACUUUUAGUGUGUGUUACUUUUCAAAUGUUUAUUAGCAAGCGAAUCCGGAUUCCAAUUCUCUGUAUAACACUUUUUGUCCGAUAACCAAACAUUGCUACACCUUGAUCCAAAUGCUGUUGAAAUAUGCCCCAGACGGGGUUUUUUGGACUGGGGGACAUCACCCUGCCUUUCAUUAGUUGGUUGACAAAAUACAUGGAUGGUAACAUCGGCCGAAGUUAGGUAAAAUACUGACGACUUUGUAAGAUCUUCCAUUUCCAUCGGUAUAUUUUACUUCUCACGCGUACUGUUUGGUGUGUGAGUGGUCUCGUUCUCAAGUAGAGACUCGUGGAAUAAAUUAUACAAUAUGGCAACACGAGACCAAGAAAGCAGAGUAAAAUAGUGGAGAAAAGAACAAUUAAAUCUUUUUAAUUAUGCAGCAAGUGAUCGAUUUUAGGAAGAGGGGCUCCUUGUCUUGUUCCUACGGUAUUAAGAUCUUGUCUUUACCGCGUUGUAGUUUCAUGACUGCUUUAUUCUUUAAAGGUGGUUCAGAUUUAUGUGAUUAGGGUUUUAUAUUAUCCAGCUAGAACACUUGCGGUUACCCACACCUGCAUGAAAAUCAUUUGCAUUUGGAAAAUAGUAAUUAAGGAAACUCUAAACGGAAAACUUCGUCGUACAAAAAUGUUGAGGAUUUUUUGUCAUGUUUUCUAAUUUGGUUUUGACAAUAAAGUAAAGUUUGUCAAACUCUGAAUUUAGAAAGAAACCCGAAAGUUAAUAUUUUAAUAUAAACUUAUUGUGCUCCUUGUUUGUUUAUUUACCCUUCAGUCUUUUGCACACAAAUGUGAAAUUCAACCAUAAAACAUUGGUUUAUUUAUCGUUGUAAUUGGUACAUAGAAAUCGGAAUGAUCAUAGGUUCGCUGCUGGAAAUCCACACAUUUUGUAAGAAAUUUUAGCUGAAAAUAAAGUUAUUCUUAUAAGCCUCAAAGUCGGAAUUCAAGAAGAGGUUAACUUUCAAUAUCAAUUCAAAAAUGUAUUUCAGUAAAACUGAAUUAGGCAAACCAACAGUUACCUGGAUCUUUUUCAAGGAAAGGUAUCGUGUUUUAAGAGUUUUAUUCUAGGAAAGGUUUAUAAUUUUUUCUGGCAGGCAUAUUCCUGUAAUUUCUCUCCAAUGUAAUUUCUCUCCAAUGUAGACCCCCGGAGGCCAAAUGAAUUGCUCAGUACUGAAUAUUUCUUGACUGAUGGCCAAAUUUGAGUAUGGUCAAAAUUCAUGAGCAGUUUAUUAAAUUUUUUCUUUGUGUUUCUUUGAAAUGAAACUGAAAACAAGUUGGGUACUUAUGUUAUCUUAAUCGUAAUCUCAAUGUCCUCUGGUUUUAUCUCCAUCCUCGAGUUACUGUAAAUGUUACAACCUGUUUUAUUGUAUCUGCUUAAAAUUCAAGACAAUUCUAGACCAGAUCGCAGGUGUGCAAUGGAAUUGUCUUCUAGUUUCCACGCGUGCAAUUGCUCUCCUCAAACUCUCAGGUGUGCAAGUCCCACACUGUCCAAGGUACCUGUGUCACAUUCCUCAUUUUGAUAUCCAGUGAAUACCAAUAAAUUUUCCUUGACAGAACUUCUUUGUGCAUAAAUGUAUCCGAUUUCGAGCCUCCUAUUAUUCUUUUGCGAAGCUUUUGUCAUCAUGAUGUCGAUGUUGUGAAAAGUUUUAAAAAAAAUUUAAUCGCAGACAUAUGAAGAUUAUCCCAAAGGUUUUAGAUGUGCGAGUAAACUUAAUGCUCUGCUGCCCGUCUUUUCUGUUUCUUGUGUAGAUGAAAGGUCUUUUGCCUUGUCUCAAAAAGCUGACAGAAAUAAUCAGACUGAAAAUUCUAUUGAAUUGAAGAAAAGCCAGUCAAUGGUCAGGAAAUCACUUUGCUGCCAACCAAAUUAUUUCGAUUUUUCUUGCGCCAAGAUAUAUUGGCACUGCUGCGGAAUUAGGCUCUCGUUUGUUGAUAAUGUUCUGAGGGCAUUACUUUGAAUUUUUUAUUUUCAUUUUUAUCGCCUGAACACAGCAGCUCUAGAAAUUAAGCUUUUCAUUAUAACAAUGCGAUUACUCUUCUGUACAAAGCGAUUGUGUCUCUUUGUCCCUGAAACAAUAAUGCGCAAGCAACCGUGCUGCCCUUCCUCAAACCGCCGUCUCGUUUAAUGGAGACAUUCGUCAAUGUUUGCGCGGGUUCUUGUUUACUAUAAUGCAAUUAACUGUUGAAUCUUGUUAGAUUGACGCAGCGAGGUGCAUUUCGCGUGCGUUUCUUAUGGAUUUAGUUGUGCAAAGUUGGACAGCUUAGCAGCCACUAUCGCUACUACUUAGUGACUGGUCGAGGCGUUCAUGAAUGGCUCUACGUUUCUUGGAUUUCUCCACACAUAAGCCAAAUACAGUCAAUGUAUUGUGUUUAACCUUAAAGACCUGAAUAUUUACGGAAAAUUAUAAACAUGGGACGAAGCUGUCUAUAUAUUAUGCUGCUGAUCAUACUUUAUAUGAGCGAAAAUAAUGCUGAAAUCGGCUCUGCUUUGCAUUCGGUGCCAUCAACAAGUAGCAGCAUUCGACGUUUUCCGGAACCUGGGUCUGAGUACGCCAAGUUUCUGACUGAUUUCAAAAGUGUCGAACUGAACCCAAAUAAAACAGAUAUUUUGGUUGCUGCCAAGGAGUAUCUCUUUCGUUUGGACAUUGAGACUUUCAAGAUUCAAAAUACAAGUGUGAGUGAAAAUGUAUUGCAUAUGCCGGUGGAAAAGAGGUCAUAUGACCGAUGCAUUGCAAAUAGGAUCGAGAAGAAUGAUUGUCCCAACUACAUGCUCUUUGCAAUAUAUAAUACCUCAUCUGACAUAUUUGCAUGUGGCACGUACUCGCUUCUUCGGCGAUGCUGGCUCGUUUCGAGCAGGACAUUCAAGGUGACAAAGCAAGUUAAUGGAGAAUUCGAUGCAACCAAUGAAUUCACCCCUAAUCUGCCCAGUGGAAGUAUAAUUGGUACUACAACAGACAACGGUGGAAUAUUUGGUGCCAUUGCCGUAAGGGAGAAGAAACGCAGUUCGCUUCGUGCAAUUUUGAGCGAUGAUACCAGAAUGAAGUCAGGGAAACCAACAAUUCAAUUCAAUGAUCCCCAUUUCGUAUAUUCAUACGCAGCUGAUGAUGGUUUUGUGUACUUUUUCUUCUCUGAAACUGCCGAUGAAGUUUCAGAUAGACAGAUGGUUUACUCAAGAGUUGGACGUGUUUGUUCGUACGACAAAGGAUCAUUCUUAACUGACAACGCCUUUAUCUCGUUUUCAAAAAGUCAGAUAAUUUGUUAUGAGAAGGGCGCUGUACGCGAUUAUUACGAUCACAUCCAGAGUGCAACUGCAGUCACUGUUCAUGACAAAGCUGGAAAAGCUGAAGUCUUCAUUUACGCAUCCUUCACAACAACUAUGCGCGCUACUGGCAGCUCCGCCGUUUGCCGUUACAAAUUCAAAGAUAUUCAGAAUCUGUUCCAGACAAGUCAGUAUUACGUGAAGAAAACGGAUGGUGGAACUGUAAAGUAUGAACCGCAAAACCAUCCGGACUCAAAGUUUGAUGUUAGCAGGAUGAAGUGCGAUGAAUCAUUGAAUACAGUGUCGAUCACCUCCCCAAACUCAGUAUGGAUUACUUCGAAUCCUCUGCUGUAUAGUGAUAAUGAACCGUUUGACCGCAACACUGUCACAACAUUCAGUGAAAGGGUUACGUCAAUCACUGUUGAAGAUGUUCAUAGAGAAGAAAACAAAACUGAUCCUGGGAAGCACAUAUUGUUUGCAGGCACAGAUAGUGGGAAAAUCUUCAAAGUUGUUAUGAACAUUACAAAUAUUGGUAAACCAGUGGUUCUUGAGGAAAUCCAAGCUGUUGAUGGAAGAGGAGCCAUAACAUCCUUACAUUUGACUGAGAAAUACGUCAUCGCAUCUGGAAAGGACAUCAACUUGAUCAGAGUCGAUAAAGAGAGAUGUGAAUCGAAAUACCUCAUGUGCAGGGAUUGUUUGAAAGCCAGGGACCCAUUUUGUGCCUGGAGCAUCAGCCAAAAGAAGUGCACGCGUACUGCCGACCUAGCACCUUCCGAUCGAAUACAGGACGUGGAGAGAGGCAGCGAUAAGAAGUGUCCUCCAGUCGAUGUGAAUAUAUCAUGCUCCCUUACCAUUGUCGAUAACAUCCCUGGCGCUUGGACAGCUUUGCAAUGCACUGGUCAUGGUAAGAUUGCUCCGAAAGUUCUAGCAUGGAAGAAAGACCAGGCGCGCCUUCACGUAGACCAAAGCAUUUAUGAAAUCAGGCAGAUUAAUGCAUCGUCUCAGCAGUUGAUUAUUAAGGGUUACACAGCGAAAGAGCUUGGUACAUACGGCUGCGUUGUUGGGCUAGAGAAGAACAAAUCAGAGUGUUCUAUACCGAUUAAAGGGGAGAAAGCUGAGGCUAAGUGUGUAUCAAACUCAACCAAUUGUAGCUGUGCGGUAACAGGUUACCCUUUACCUUCGAUGAGAAAACUCAUCAAUGGCAAUCAAACGGUGAAGAUAAGCCAGUAUGGUCCAAUUAUAAUUGACCCAGGAGUUACCCUUUUUGCAUUCAAUGCUUUUGGCGAUGACGUUUUUACAUGUCCAGUUGUUACGUUACCAACCAUGAUAACGACAACUACAACAACCUCACCAUCUACUACAAAAACAAGCACAACAACAACAACAACAACAUCGCCAACCACUCUUUCGACAACUAAGACAACGACUUUUAGCAAGUCCACUCGUGCAAAUACGUCAUUGGCAGUUACCACGACGAAACCAACGACUCUGCCUACGACGAUAAAAACAAAUAAGACUCCAACGACAAGGCGGAAAACUGUGACUAAGGAGGAGCGGACAAUGACAACAGCAAAGACGACAACCGGACGGCAGUCGUCAACGCAGGCGAAACCUGCAACUCCGGGUCGAAGAGGAGCUACCAGAGCAGACAACAGCAACAAAUACCUCGCACCAUUUUUGGUGUUUCUAUGCCUAUUCCUCAUCUUAUUGUUUGCAAAUUUACUUUUUUUCUGUCGGCAUAUAACCAAACGGAGAGAACGUGAUACAGAUGAAGAAGAUGAGUUUGAUGGCAAAAAAGGUACAUUAAAUAUAAGUAUGGAAAAUGACAGUAAAAAGCCACACAGUGCCUUUUAUAAACCGAGCAGGUUAAAAAAGACAGACAGUACCAAACCGCUUAUGAAAAAAGAACGCAGCAAGCCAAGUAACGGCUCUACACCAAAUCAUACAGACACUACAAAACUUGCCACAGAAAUGGAUGAAAGGGGAUCCAGUGAAAGUGGUAGAUACAUUACUCACAUCAAGACGUAAUAACCGGCAAGUGACGUCAUCUAAAGACGGGAAUGAGCAGAAACGACCAGUCACAUUCCCUGUGCCCAGGACAUGUCAUGCAUGUCAGUUUGUGCAUUGCAUAUCUUCUAAUGCCUUGCACCUAUGGCAUGCUGUAGACACCUGCCAUCUGGUGCUUUUUUGACUGCAACGUGUGGCGAGUUGUGACUCCAUCCACUGGUAUGUUGUUCACUACAGCACCUGGCACAUUGUUGACUGCAACAGCUGAUAUGUGGGUGACUGCAACUGCUGGUACAUUAUAAACUGCAUCCUUUGCUACAUCGUUUACUGCAGACAUAGGGGUUGCUAAUACUGGAUUAAUAAAUCUCAACUGUCACUUUAUGACCUUGAUACCCUCAAUACUGGCACCUACCGAUUGAUAGUUGAUGACCGCCAUUUUGCAGAUGUGCUGACUUUUGAGUGGAACACUGAAUGCAAAGACGCUUUUGACUGUUUUUGCAGCCAACUUUAAUCUUAACAGUGCUCUCCAUAAUUUGUUAAAAUUAUUCAAAAAUACUUUUAACAAUGUUGUAAAAUAUGUACCAAAGUAACGAAGCUUGGAUGCUAGAAGCAAAUAUGCAAGGUUGUAAAGUUGAAGAAGCCUCCUUGCAAAACCCCGGUUAAUAUGAGUAGUCAUUGAUUCCCAGGACACAACUAUUCUCUAAACUACAUUUUCAUUUACAAUUUAGGGGAUUUAAUUUGACAAAGAUGUUUAUACAUAUGCCAACUAUUCAACUUUUACAGUAAACCUACACGCAUAGUUUUAAAAUCGUGGGAUUUUUGUCAUCAACCUUAAGGAUACGCCAGAUUCAGAACCCCCAUUUGAAUUUAUAAUGUCAUGUUGCCAAACUGCAUACCAACAUGGGGGAUAGUCAAUUUAGAUAAAACUGGGGUUUGCAAAGAGGCGUUGAAAUUAAUUGCUGGUUUCAUACUGUGAAAGUUGACAAUCGCCAGAAUGAUCGAUCUUUAUUUUAUUGAUGUUGUAAAUAUGUAAAUAGAGGAAUUUUCAGUACAUUGCGUGCUGCUUGGA